AUGAAAAAGCGACAAGCUUCUGUACAAGAUUCAGCAACAGCAGUUGUCACUGAAUUCAAAGAAUGUUCAGAACAAGAAUUUUCUAAAAGAACGCUGCACGCGCUAUCAGAACGCUCUGGGUACUUGCGAGUAGGUGGCACUACAUGUGGCAACACCGUCGGCUGGUCCCGCUCGUCGUCCUCGCGGCUAACAUCGCCACCAGUACGAUCAGCUGUGAUAUCCGUGAUAUCCAACCGCCGGCGCUUCGGUGUGUAUUCCCUGUUAUGCCUCCACUACACGUCUUCAGAUGCGUCGGCGGAUGUCGGCAGAUGCAUCGGCAGGAAUAGCAUGGAAAAUCAGCUUGCAGAACUUUACGCGGAGCCAGCUGGAGAAUUUGACAAUUUUGUUCGAAUGUCUUGCAGCGAUUUUGAAUAUCUUUUACAGAAGAUAUCUCCAAUGAUUGCUAAAAAUGAUACUGAUUGGAGGGAUGCAAUUCCAGUGAAAGUACGCCUGGCAGUAACAUUAAGAUACUUAGCUACUGGAGAUAGCUAUAGAAGCUUGCAUUACCUGUUCAAAAUUUCAAGCCAAGUGAUAUCUCUAAUUGUUCCUGAAGUAUGUUUGGCGCUCAAUGACGUAUUAAAGGAUUUAGUGAAGUUGCCGUUUUUUAGAAUGGUGUCUAACGGAAGCUCACCUUCCCAUCUUGACGAUGCUACCGCAGCUCUGAUACUGCCAGGCGAAGUGAAAAUAUUUGCCCCAACCAAUGCUGUCUUUACCCAUCCAGCUAUGAUAGCUCUUGAAGCAGGCCGUACCUGGGCCCGGCAAGUGAUAAAGAGUGAAUCCAGGGAUUUUGCUGCCCUUCUAUGCGCAGAAAGCAGAAGAAGAAGAGAAGAAAACAGAAAGGAAAAGAAGAAAACAGAAUAA